UAACUGUUGACCCUCGUCCUCCGGAAGUUCCUCACAGAGGUAUUUUCUCAGAAGUUCCAAGGAAAUUUAGAGAUUACACUUGAACUAGAUCGCUACGUUAGGUCACGACAAGCAAGAGCAGGAUGGCAUCAUCCAGUUACGGAUCUCCCACUGAAGUUCUGGUUGGUUUCGUGUCUCCCACUGAGGUUCUGCUUGGCAGGCAACAACGUGUGAAGGCUGAGAGGACUGAAGAACUACCAGCAAACAUUGUUAGCAGUCAGGCUAACUUUCCCCAGGUGCCAAAACCUUACUUUGACCAGGAAAUGGAAUAUGAAAAAUGUCAGAUUUCUGGUGAGCACGACUUUGCAACAAGUGAGAAGCCUAACUCAGGCGACCUUAGCAACCAUACAGCUUUGCAUACGGGAGAGAAACCGUACAAGUGCGAUAAGUGUGACUAUUCAGCAAGCCGUAAAGAAUAUCUGAAGCGACACAUGUUUCGACACCUUCCAGCAGAGCAGAAGCCCUACAAGUGUGACCAGUGUGACUACUCCUCUGCUCAGAAAGAGCAUCUUAAAGCACACAUGGUAAAACAUGGUGGGAAAAAAUCGUACAAGUGUGACCAGUGUGAUUAUGCUACAGGUUGGAGGAACCGUUUGACAACACAUAUGGUCAAGCACACCGGCGAGAAAUCCUUUGUGUGUGAAGUGUGCGGGUUCAGCUCGGCCAGCAAACACAGGCUACAGCUCCACAAGCAAACCCACACUGCGGAGAAGCCGUACAAGUGUGACCAGUGCGACUACACAGCCAGCAGGAAGGUUUACUUGGCUCGACACAAGACCAAACACACCAGUGAGAAACUCGCCUGCUCCCUGUGUGAGUACAGUACGGCUGACUCGGGUCGCCUUAGCAACCACAUGGCUGUACACACAGGAGAAAGACCAUACAAGUGUGAUAAGUGCGACUAUUGAGCAGUCCGUAAGGACCACCUCAAGCAACACAUGUUCAAACA